CUAGAGUGGGAGAUGAAGGUAAAUCCGAUAAUUGAUUUUUUUACUCUUCGAUCGGUUAAUUUGUUGAUGAUAUGUUGAAAAGCUCAUGUGUUUUGGUGAAAAUUACAGUAUGUUACUUCAUAUGAUUGUUGUUCUAGCCUCAUUCGUCUUUUUGGAGAAAGCAGACGUCGAGGCUGCCAAAAAAUAUAACUAUGCAGGUUGCUACGAAACCACAGACAGAUCCAGAAUAUUGUAUCAACAUGUUAAAAAAUUGGAUAAAUUGACGCCAAGAACGUGUGUAGAUUGGUGUCAUUCAAUGCAAUCAGCCUAUGCUGGAUUACAAAAGAAUGAAUGUCGUUGUGAUCAAUACCAACCACCUGAAAUAAUCAGAAGAAGUUUCAGAGAUUGUGGUCAUCUUUGUCCAGGAGACAGAAAUUCCAGAUGUGGAGGGGGAGAUCAUAAAAUUUCAAUUUACGAAACUGGCAUAACUACAUCAGGCGAUGACGCCAUUCCAGCCAGAGCAUAUUUAGGAUGCUACCCAGAUGAUGAUACAGAUAAUCGAAUAUUAAAAGGUUCUAAUUACGAAUUUUCCGAUAAUACGCCUUCCAAAUGCCAUAAACUCUGCUAUCGACUGGGAUUCAGAUUUUUUGGAUUGAUUAAUGUAAAAUACUGCAUUUGCGGCGACACCCCACCAUCUAAAGGGAACGCUAUUCCAGGGGAGAAUUGUCAGUCUAUUUGUAACGGAGAUGAAAAUAAAUACUGCGGAGGGGAUCAGAAGCUUAGCUUAUACGCAACGGGAAUCAAUAAUAUUCCGGAAUUUGGCAGAUAUUUGGGAUGUUACGAUAAUUCAAAGCUUAAAGAUAUCAAAGCAGAUAUCACGCUCAAUUUGACAUUGACAAACUCGCAAGGAAGAUGUUUCAAUAUUUGCGAUCAGAAAGGAUUCAAAUACGCCGGAGUUCAAAAAGGAACAUUAUGCAUGUGUUUAAACAAAGCACCAUCUCUCUCAUUCGAAGACUACGAUGAAGAAUGCGAUGACACAAAGUACGCAUGUCGUGGUGAACUCACAGACGAAUAUUGUGGCAGCGCUAAUACAAUGAAAGUAUUCAGAACUCGACGUACAGACGAAGUUCAACUUAUCGAAGUCGAUUAUCAAGGUUGCUACAUAGAUCAAAAAAAUUACCCCACUCUAGAUGGCAUCAAAGAAAAAUUUGAAAAAACCUUAACUCCGCAAGUAUGCAUCGAAACCUGCAAAUUUAAAGGUUACGCCUUUUCCGGAGUCGAGUCUGGCAAAGAAUGUUACUGCAGUCAUUCAUAUCCAACAAUUUAUGCAAAAGCAGAAGAAAGAGAGUGCAAUAUGCCUUGCAGUGGAAGCCGAAAUAAUAGUUGUGGAGGACUGCUCAGGAUAGCAGUAUACGAUACCGGUAUACCUCACCCUCAAGCUUUAGUCGAUAAAUAUUACAUAGGCUGUUACAAAGAUGACGUUCCAGGAUCCAAAUUACUGGAAGGGACCACUGAAAACAUGGAAGGUUACCUAUCCCCGAUUGUUUGUUACAAACAAUGCUUGUUGACUGGAUUCUUAUUCUUUGGGUUGACUAUAACUAGCGAUGAAACUGAAAAGUGCCUAUGUAGCGAUAAAAAUCCACUAAAAAGUCUGUUGACCGAUGACAAAGAAUGCCAGAGAAAAUGUACCGGUGACUCGAACAAAGUUUGUGGAGAUGCUUGGAGAGUUGCCACAUACAGAACAGGAUUAUCAGACGUGCAGUCCAAAUACACUUACAAAGGGUGCUAUGAAAAUGACGAAUAUGUUCUGAUUGACAGAGAAAUAGAUCAAUCGGAUACAUUAACUCCUAGAAGAUGUUACAGACUACAGUGGAGAUUUUGUCGCUGUGGAAAUGAUUUUGCUAGUGAUCGAACACCUGAUGGUGAAGAAAAGUGUAAUAUUAGUUGUCCUGGUAAUUCCUCCGAGACUUGUGGUGGACAUAAAAAGUACAUACAAGUUUAUCAAAUUAUAAGUAAUAUCGAAGAAACCAAAGUAGGAUUAUCAAAAGAAGCCAUUUUUACAGAAAAUUUCAAUACUUUGGAUACUUCAGUUUGGUCUUACACCGUUAAAAUAGCAAAUGAACCGAAUUAUGAAUUCGUCACUUACGAGAGAUCACCUGCAGUAGUUUUUUUGAAAGGAGGUAAAUUAUUCAUAAAGCCAAAAAUACAAUCUGAUGAAUACGUUCAAAGUUCAAUUACGUUACAAAACUGUACAGGAAAACCAAUAGAAUGUACGAGAAAAGCACAAGGUUACCAAAUACUGCCACCUAUUCAAUCGGGACAACUGACCACGAAAAAUAAAUUUUCAUUCCGAUAUGGAAAAGUUGAAAUUCGAGCAAAGCUGCCAAUUGGUGACUGGAUAGUUCCAGAAAUUUGGCUCGCGCCAACAAAAUACGAAUAUGGUGACUCUUAUCAAUCUGGUCAAAUCCGUAUCGCGAUGGUUCGAGGUAACAAGGACUUGAAUUGUUUCGAUAAUCACUACGGUCAUAAACGUCUCGAAAUGGGGGUUUACAUAAGCGAUGAAUCGGAAGUAAGACGAAAAGUAUUUUAUAAAAUGGCCACGGAGAGCUGGAGCAAAGCGUAUCAUAAUUAUACCGUCAUUUGGACCCCAGAAAAAAUUUCAUUUCAAGUAGAUAGCGAAGAGAUAGGAACGAUUCAACCAGAAUCUCAUGAAACAAUUCGCCAAAUUGUUGGUUUAUCUGAACAUGCAGAACUCACCUACGCAAACGCGACUAAUAAAUUGGCUCCUUUUGAUAAAGAAUUUCACAUUGCUUUGGGGAUUUCUGUAGGAGGCAUAACUGACUUUUACGAUGAUUGCAUAGCAAAUCCCAAGAAACCGUGGUCCAAUACCUCGCCUAAGGCAAUGCUGAAUUUUUGGAAAGCCAAAGAACAAUGGAUACACACGUGGACAGGCAAUAAUUCAGCUUUACAAAUCGAACACGUCAUAGUUCGACCACUUUCAAUCAAAACCUCGUGACUUUAAUUAUUUAAUUAAUUAUGCUCCACUAAUUAGGCAAAAUGAACUAAUGUAAAUAAGUGGAGCAAAUUUUGUAGAAAAUUCAAUAAAAAAUUUCAGAACUUUA